CGGAGGAAGAGGGUCGCCGCCAGGCUCGCGGCGGCCGCGGCUCUCGCGCCGUCGCCGUAUUUCCUGUUUGGAUUAUCUCUUGCUUCUCCGCAGCCGCCUCUUCCCCUCGCACUCGCACUCACCCCCGCGCCUCCGGCUCCUCCGGGGAAGCUGCCCUCCGCCCGGGCUCGCUCCUCCCGCUCGGGGACGCCCCUGGCCGGCCUCCCGGGCCGCGGGCCAGCCCCGCCGGGACCAUGAGGAAAUUCAACAUCAGGAAGGUGCUGGACGGCCUGACCGCCGGCUCGUCCUCGGCCUCGCAGCAGCCGCAGCCGCAGCAGCACACGCCGGGGAGCCGGGAGCCCGAGGUCCAGGAGACGCUCCAGUCCGAGCACUUCCCAGCUCUGCAAAGGUUCUAUACUGUUCGCCAUGGAUUUCCCUAUCAACCCUCAGCCCUGGCCUUUGAUCCUGUACAGAAGAUCCUGGCAGUGGGAACUCAGACUGGUGCUUUAAGGCUCUUUGGUCGUCCAGGAGUAGAAUGUUAUUGCCAGCAUGACAGUGGAGCUGCAGUCAUCCAGCUCCAGUUCCUGAUUAAUGAGGGAGCUCUUGUGAGUGCCUUGGCUGAUGAUACCUUACAUUUAUGGAAUUUACGUCAAAAGAGACCUGCCAUACUCCAUUCACUUAAAUUUUGUAGAGAAAGGGUUACAUUUUGCCAUUUGCCUUUCCAGAGUAAAUGGCUCUAUGUGGGCACUGAACGAGGUAACAUACAUAUUGUCAAUGUGGAGUCCUUCACACUCUCAGGCUACGUCAUUAUGUGGAAUAAAGCCAUUGAACUGUCAUCUAAGUCUCAUCCAGGACCUAUUGUCCAUAUAAGUGAUAAUCCAAUGGAUGAAGGAAAGCUUUUGAUUGGCUUUGAAUCUGGAACAGUAGUUUUAUGGGACCUCAAAUCAAAAAAAGGCGACUACAGAUACACAUAUGAUGAGGCUAUCCACUCUGUGGCUUGGCAUCAUGAAGGAAAACAAUUUAUUUGCAGUCAUUCCGAUGGCACCUUGACUAUAUGGAAUGUGAGGUCCCCUACUAAACCUGUACAGACAAUCACUCCACAUGGAAAACAGUUAAAGGAUGGGAAGAAGCCAGAACCAUGCAAACCUAUCCUCAAGGUGGAAUUCAAAACGUCUAGAUCUGGGGAGCCUUUUAUUAUUUUAUCAGGAGGUUUGUCAUAUGAUACUGUAGGAAGAAGACCUUGCUUAACAGUUAUGCAUGGGAAAAGUACUGCAGUGCUAGAAAUGGACUAUUCAAUUGUUGAUUUCCUAACACUGUGUGAAACACCAUACGCAAAUGAUUUUCAGGAACCAUAUGCUGUUGUUGUUCUUCUAGAAAAGGAUUUAGUACUUAUAGACCUUGCACAAAAUGGAUAUCCUAUAUUUGAAAAUCCCUACCCUUUGAGUAUACAUGAAUCCCCUGUUACAUGUUGUGAAUAUUUUGCUGAUUGUCCUGUGGACCUUAUUCCUGCACUUUAUUCUGUUGGAGCUAGACAGAAACGUCAAGGUUACAGCAAAAAGGAGUGGCCCAUCAAUGGAGGUAAUUGGGGUUUGGGUGCUCAGAGUUACCCAGAAAUAAUUAUUACAGGGCAUGCUGAUGGGUCCAUUAAGUUCUGGGAUGCUUCUGCAAUAACUCUACAAGUAUUAUAUAAACUAAAGACAGCUAAAGUAUUUGAAAAGUCAAGAAAUAAAGAUGACAAGCCAAGCACAGACAUUGUAGAUGAAGAUCCGUAUGCCAUUCAGAUCAUCUCCUGGUGUCCCGAAAGUAGAAUGCUAUGCAUAGCCGGAGUUUCAGCUCAUGUCAUUAUUUAUAGAUUCAGCAAACAAGAAGUUAUUAUAGAAGUCAUUCCGAUGCUUGAAGUUCGAUUGUUAUAUGAGAUAAAUGAUGUGGAAUCCCCGGAGAGUGAACAGGCACCACCUCUGUCAACACCAGUGGGGGCUGUCAGUCCUCAGCCCAUCCCACCUCAGUCUCAUCCUUCCACCAGUAGCAGUUCCUCUGAUGGCCUUCGAGACAAUGUCCCUUGUUUAAAAGUUAAAAAUUCACCACUUAAGCAGUCUCCAGGUUAUCAGGCAGAACUAGUUAUUCAGUUGGUGUGGGUGGGUGGAGAGCCACCACAACAAAUAACCAGCCUGGCGGUCAACUCUUCCUAUGGAUUGGUUGUUUUUGGCAACUGUAAUGGCAUUGCGAUCGUUGACUACCUCCAGAAGGCAGUACUCCUCAAUCUGGGCACUAUUGAAUUAUACGGCUCCAAUGAUCCUUAUAGGAGAGAACCCCGGUCUCCUCGUAAAUCUCGACAACCUUCAGGAGCAGGUCUGUGUGAUAUUAAUGAAGGGACCGUAGUCCCAGAGGAUCGCUGCAAAUCUCCAACUUCUGGUUCUUCAUCACCACACAAUUCAGAUGAUGAACAAAAAAUGAAUAAUUUUAUAGAAAAGGGUAUAACCAAAAGCAAGAAAGUUUCCAGGAUGGUAGCCAGUGAUAUAGCAAAGAUGUCAAGGAAGUUAAGCUUGCCUACUGACCUAAAGCCUGACUUAGAUGUGAAAGACAAUUCCUUCAGCCGGUCCCGGAGUUCGAGUGUAACCAGCAUUGAUAAGGAAUCUCGAGAAGCCAUCUCUGCUCUCCAUUUCUGUGAGACUUUCACUCGAAAGGCAGACUCGUCUCCUUCCCCCUGCUUAUGGGUUGGUACUACCUUGGGGACAGUGCUUGUCAUUGCACUGAACCUCCCCCCAGGAGGAGAGCAAAGACUUCUUCAGCCAGUAAUUGUGUCUCCAAGUGGUACUAUAUUGAGGUUAAAAGGAGGGAUCCUGAGAAUGGCAUUCCUGGACACCACAGGUUGCUUAGUGCCACCUGCCUAUGAAUCCUGGAGAGAACACAACGUUCCUGAAGAAAAAGAUGAAAAGGAGAAAUUGAAAAAAAAGCGGCCAGUCUCUGUAUCCCCUUCCUCCUCUCAGGAAAUUAGUGAAAACCAGUAUGCAGUGAUAUGUUCUGAAAAGCAAGCAAAAGUAAUCUCACUGCCAACUCAGAACUGUGCUUAUAAGCAAAACAUUACAGAGACCUCGUUUGUUCUUCGGGGAGAUAUUGUGGCAUUGAGUAACAGUAUCUGCCUUGCCUGCUUCUGUGCCAACGGACAUAUUAUGACUUUUAGUUUGCCAAGUUUAAGGCCUCUAUUGGAUGUGUAUUACUUGCCCCUUACCAAUAUGCGGAUAGCCAGAACGUUCUGCUUCACCAACAAUGGACAAGCAUUAUAUCUUGUUUCACCUACAGAAAUCCAGAGGCUCACUUAUAGCCAAGAGACCUGUGAAAAUCUUCAGGAAAUGUUGGGUGAACUCUUCACUCCUGUAGAAACACCUGAAGCACCAAACAGGGGAUUCUUUAAAGGCUUAUUUGGAGGUGGUGCACAGUCUCUUGAUAGAGAAGAACUAUUUGGAGAAUCGUCCUCAGGAAAGGCUUCGAGAAGUCUUGCACAACAUAUCCCUGGUCCUGGUGGCAUUGAAGGUGUGAAAGGAGCAGCAUCUGGAGUCGUCGGUGAAUUAGCACGAGCCAGGUUGGCACUGGAUGAAAGAGGGCAGAAACUGGGUGACCUGGAAGAAAGAACCACAGCUAUGUUGUCCAGUGCAGAUUCAUUUUCUAAACAUGCUCAUGAGAUGAUGUUGAAAUACAAAGAUAAGAAGUGGUACCAGUUCUGACCACCAGAAAUCCAACUAAGUUCAACUUCAGCCAAAAGGAAAAAGAAUUUUCCUUUUUCAUUUCAUUGAUUUUACUUUAGGAAAGUUAACAUUAAAGGAUGUUCAUCACUGGAUACUGUUCUUUCCUAGCACAAUUAUGCACUGUUUUACCUCAGUCAUGUGGCUUUACUGAGGAGUGUCCACAUACUCAGUGUGGAGUGUAUGGUCUGUGCCAACUGUGAGAUGACCAUUUUGGAACUAAGCAGGUCGCACAUUACAAAGGAAGAAACCAAGGGGGAUGUUGAGGAGCCGUGGCUAUUCCUGGAUCAUUCCUGUAUUAAACUGUCAUAUGCCAAAAGAUUUGUGCUGUUGCAUCUGCCAUCAGUGUUUCACCUCUGAGGGAGAGGCAAUAAGUUAAAGCUCUGAAGCAGAAAUGGUUAUGUUUGGUCUCACUGACUGAAUUAUAAACAGCUAUCUGGGACUUUCCCUCCCUUAAACAGACUGGUCCUCGGUAUCAUUAGUGAAAAAGAAACAAAAUGUGUGUUACCAUAACUUUAGGCAGAUAAGCUGAAUGGCGGGCUUUAAAUAAUAAAGACAUACACAUGGUGACUUGUGUAUGGGCCACUCUUGGAUUCUUGUCAUUGUAUACUUGUGUUUAGUCCAUAUUUUGUCAAAAGCAAAACAAGGUGAUACAUCACUUUUCGUUGAAAAGAAAAGUGUAGAGCAUGACUGACUGCUCAUCAUCCUGGGAGUUUCCAUGUAGUGGCUACGCAGAGUGGAAAGUGAGAAAAACCUCCAUUGUGGUGAGGAGAAUACUUCAGUGUCCUUUGUCCUCAUUCUCAUUAAUUCAGCUAAAGGUGGAUUUGACCAAAAGAGUUACUGGUUAAAUUUGUAGAAACGUUGAAAUUGGCUAAGUUUUUAAUUUUGCUUGAAUUUUUAUAAAAUGUUUAACCAAAUGUACCUUUGCAUUAUUUAAUUAAAAUUGCUUAAAAAAAGUUUCAUUAUUUCAAUAAAGUGCUCAGCUCCCUUUUUUAAAUGCCCCUGAUUUGCUAAUAGUUCCAGUACACUCAGGUGAUGAGCCAAUUAAAUCUUAGUGCACAUGCUGUCGCAUGGAAAACUACAAGCAUCUGUUGUCAAUAAUUAUCUAUAUAAGAGUCUAGUCUGAUGAGCUACGAAAUAUUUUCUGUAGACGUAUACUAUACAUCUGUACAUGUCCUUUCAAGGUUUUAAAAAGCCCAAGGAAAGGAAAAUAUGUGCAUUUUUUAUAACUAAAUUAUAUCUGUAUUGGAAUGUAAUGCCAAUGAGACCAUCAGUGGACAGUAAAAGAUUGGUUCCUAAAAUGCAUUGCAGACAAAAAGAAGACAACUCAGUAGACCUUGGAAGUAAGUAAGCUCAUACACCGGCAUCUGAGAUUAUUAUUGAUUGUUACUAAAGCAAUCAAGGAAAAGCAAAAUAGAAGCAUUACACUUAAUGAAACUUAAAUAUUUUUUUCUAUAAAAAUUUGUUUAAAAACCAGUUUCUUUUUUUCAUUGAGAUAAUCAGAGCACAAAUUGAUAGCAAACAUGAUGGUUGUUUUUCUAUUCCAUGUGAUCAUUAAAGGUAAUGUAGAACACCCUAAUUUCAUGCAGUCUGUUAUGCAUCGUUUCCUCUUACUCUUUUCAUUAAUAAUGCCUUUUGUUUACAUUUUUAUAAUGUGCACUACGGGAUACAAAAGUUUACAUUAAAAUUUACUUUAAAUAUCAUUGGAGAGGGACUAAAUAUAUGUGAUAGAGAUAAUUGAUCAAACCAAAAGAAAUGUUUUAAAGAUACAGUACUUUUCAAAAGUUUUUGAAUUUGUAGAAAGUAUCUAUUGAUAACAUAUUUCUGUUUUGUUAAUGUCAGCUGUAUGAUGAACAUUCAGCCGUUUACAAAUUGUUUAAUUUUUGUACAUUAUCUAAUAAACCCAUUGUUCCAUAUGUCACAGGAAGUAUUAGGCCCUUUUUUAAAGGUAUAGUUACAGAUUUUGAAGUUGAGAAGCACUAAAUAAGUAAUAUAAUGGUUGAUUACCCAUUCAUGUGGAAGGGCAUAUUAACUCUAUUUAAUUUGCUGUAUUGUGUUAAUUGUAUAUCCACUUCAUUUUUACUGUUGUAUAUAAAAUGAACCAAUCUUGUAAUUAUUUUCAAAUAGAGAAGUAGAUACGUUUAUCUGAGAUGGAUUUUAUAAGAAAAUUUUAAACCAAUAUUUUGGGUUACUUUAUUUCAUUUUUAAAUUUACAAAUUAUGCACAGCACACUAGAAACUUAGGAUUAGAAAGCUUGAAGUAUUUUUGAAAAUAGGAAAUAAGCUUCUCGAAGUUAUACUUGACUCAGUCUGUAGAUAAGAGACAGUCUGCAGGAAUAACUAACCCAGGGAAUUUAUUGUAAUUUGAGAGAUAACAUCUCUAUUUUUUUCUUUUUAAAUGCAGAAAUAGUCACCAGCAAGCCAAGAAUUCAGGAAAACAAACCAAAAAAAAAAAAGUCAAAGUAGAAAAUGUUAGAAAAGUGAAAGAUUACGUGUGCUUCCUUCAUAUCCUCAAACAUUAUUCUUUGUUGCAUUUGUCCUUGGCUCUAAAGCGUUGAAGUAUUCAUUGAUUAGCAGUCUGUGAAUAGGAAGUGGUUUCCCUGUAUGUACCAUAUAUCUAGUUCAUUUCGCUCUUCAGACUAAAAUCCAAAUGCAUUUGCUUAGAAAGUUAUUCGAAAUCUUAUAUUCUGACAAAUUCUGUGUAUUAUAGCCAUUUAAAGUUUUGCAUCAUCUUAAUCUCUUUGGUUUGCAUUUCAAUUGUACAGAGUGUUUCCAAAAAUGGUUAUAGAUAUAAAACCGAACUAUUGCUAACUUAAUUUGAUUUUUAUAUGGAUGUGAAAAAAUGCUGCUACUUGUCUAUGUUCUGUGUAGUAUAUUACCAGUUUAAUUAAGUACAGUACUUUAAAGAAAAGUGUUUCUUUUGCUUAGAACUUAAUUGUAGGUACCUCUGAAGUUAUUUCAUGUAGAUAUGUGAGUGUUUCAAACAAGUCUGAAAGUGUUACAUACUUUUGGGUUAUAGGGGGCGGUGGGAAGACAGCUGAGGAAAGGAAAAAUAUGUGGAAGACACCACGGAGUUUAAAGUUCACCCUGAGUUUUAUAUUCCAUAUACAUUUUGCUUAAGGCAUUUUCUCAUGUGACAUUAGAAAAGCUAUAUCCAAAGGUAACUUUUUUGUGUCAAAGAUUUAUUUUACGUUUUAACUUUUGGGAUUUUGUUUAUUUUUUCUUUCAAAAUAAAGAGCACUGAACUUUAAACUUGAAUUUUUCUGCACUUUUUUAGGUAAUGAAAACUUUUUAUCAUUUAGUCCACAUUUCUCAGUUCAAAUCAAGUGAUACAUAUGUAUAAAAACAUAUCAAAAUCAUGAGUAUGCUGCUAGCUGCAUCUUAAACAAUUAAACUGAUCAUAGUUUUAAAACCUUUAAUAGGUUUUAUACAGUUUUCAAGAAUAAAAAGUAAAAUUAUUUGCUGUGCGUUUCAGUGUUCUAGGUUUAAAAUUACUGCAACACUUUCAGAUUUGUUUUAAGAUCAUCCAGUAACAUGCUAUAUUUAUACAUACUGCUAGAGAAUAUACUUUUAGUUUUAAAAUGGAAUUUUUAUAAAUGUACUCUUUAAUUUUAAAAAUGGUGAACUUGUUAAGUUUAAGUCAAAGUACUUAAAAAGUAUGUAUAUUUUCCAUACAAAAAAGUUAUGUUUCACGCUUAUAAUAAGAAAUACUGGUAUCUCAUAUCGAGAUACAAUUAAUUUUAAAGAAUCAUACAUCAUUCAAAAGUCUUCACACAUGACAGGAAAGAGAUUAUUUCUAUGUAAAACCCUCUAUUGAGCAUUUUCAAAUAUUAACUUUAUUUUGGAGAAAAUGCCCACAACAAUCUUUGCAAGAUCUUUCUCAAUAGCUGCAGCUUGCUAAGUUGGAUGCCUACCUUAACUAUUGUUUUAAAAUAUAUAUAUAUUUAAAAUACUUUUCCAGGUAUUUUCUUCUACCUUUUUUAAAAAUAAAUUUCCAAAAAAUGAAAACAGAGUUUAUGUAUUUUUGUCAAUGAAGGUUUUUAUUUUGUAGUUUAUAGAAUUUGUUGAUCAAUAUUCCUAGAAUUUUUAAUCUGUAUUUAGUUUGAAAAAGAGCACUCCUCUAUCUUAAGUGUCCUCUGUUUUUUCCUUUUCCCUUUUAAAGUCUCUGGUCUCUUGGAUUGAUAUUUAUGCCCAUCCUUUUUUCUCAUUUAAAAAUGAAUGUGAAGAUACUGUUUACAGCUUUUGUUAAUUAUACUGUAAUUACAGUUUCAUCACUCUGAUCAAUUUCUUAUAAAGUACCAUGGGGAUUAUUUUUCCUGUGAAUAUUAAUGAUCUUAUGACUGUAACAAGUUUGAAAGGUUCUGUGGGCAAAAAUAGUUGUGACAACAACAAAAAUUAAAGGGGAAACCUUAGCUUACCUUUCUCAGCUGAAUCAAAUGGGUUUUAAUAACUCCCCAAUUAUCAGGGUUAUCAUGUUGCUUUCUUUGGUUAUUAAUAGUCUUAAAUUAUUGAGCACAAUUCAUUUACACAUUGAGUACAAUAGUUUAGGGCUACAUUUAAUUGCUCUUUUUAUUACACUCUUUACAUCAGAAAAAUCAUGAUUAUCAGUUUUGCCAGUAUUUCGCAAUGAGGCUCAUAGUUUAAACUAAAAUUUUAUAGUGUGAGAUGUAAAUAAAUCAGUAUUUAUUGUAGGUUAUUUUGCUCAGGCAUUUAAAAUGGAUAUAGGCUAAUGGCAAUGGAAUCCUAUUGUGAGUUUUUUUUUUAAUAUUUUUGCUAUGUAUUUUGUGUUGUUUAAACUUUGCUUCAACUUAAGACAAUGUAAGGAGUUGACAACAGACUGAUAUUAAUAGGAAGCAAUGCAAAGAGGGUAAUCGUGUUUUUUUAAUUACUUUUUUUUUGUAAAUAAACAGUACCGUGAUACUUUAGGUGUGACCUCUGCUUUACAUGGUAGUUAGAACCAGAAAAAUAUUUUGCUUUCUAGUUAAACUGUUGGUUCAUUGUAAAUGAAUGCAUCACCAAAAAUUAUUAAAAAGAGCAAGAUGAAGUUUUUCUCUCAUUCAGGGGCCAGCAUGCUUGUGUGGAGCUCUAGCUUGUGUCGACCGUAAACUGUACAUGCAGGUAGUGUUCAGUUGCUGCACUUUCUUUUUCUUUUUUUUAUAUCUUGCUCAGUCCAGUAACUAUCUCAGAGGUGAUUGCUGGAAUAUGCAUUUGAAAUACGAUUAAAAAACAACCCAUCUCUGUGUACUAUUUCAUUUGAAAAAGUCAAAAAAAGCACUAUUGCAAACACUAAAAGUGUGGUAAACUUUGUAGUUAUUUUGCAUUCCUGUACUUUACAAACUGUCAUCACAGCAAAAGGUUUAAAAUUAGGUAAUGGGAUAUUUUUGUAAAUAAAUACCAUUAAACUGGUAUUUUAAAAAUGUAUUAUAAAUUACUGUUUCUGGAAAAUGUUCAUAUAUAUGUAUAUGAAUGUCUCUUUAUGCUGAAGGGCUCUGAUUGGGCAAAAUAAAAUACUCUCAUCUCUCCUGAAA